CAGUGUACGAGUUAGGCAUAAACGCAAGGUCUAGGGAAGAACGAUACUGUAUGAGUUACAACCAUAACUCAAUGGGUGUGAAGAGAUCAGGUAUCUGAUAUGGCAAGUAGAAUGGAGUCAGCUGCACCGAUGUGAGCCUCGUGGAGGAUUCAUUGAUGGAUAGAUCGAGUACUUUGAGGGGAAACAGGGGCACCCUCCAUUACCAUCAUUUCCUCAAACGCUGCGUUCUUUGAUCCAGGUGUUUCUAGAAGGAGAAGCCAAACCGCGUUAAUAGUGGCUUGUAACAAGCCGGAUCGAGGCCAGGCUAUUAUGUGGGUGGAACCAUGCUGGAAUCAGCGGCGACUUGAGUGAACGCGAGAAAUCAUAGUAUGGCCAUAGUGCGUAGAGACAUUCAUGGGGUGCUCUGCACUAUCCAAUGUUGCAUUUGCGUGCUCAAGGGUCCUGUGGUCAUGGUUAGAACCAGGCAACUCACUGUUAUCUCUGGUGAUACCAUCGUCUUGCGUGGCCGUCCAGGGCCUCAGGGUCAACCUCCGAAAGAAAGAAUUCUUCAUAUCGCAGAUGUCACAGCACCGAGGGUAGGAAGCUCUACUCGGGACGAUGAGCCCUGGGCUUUCGAAUCCCGUGAUUUCCUGCGCGCCUUCGCAGUGGGCAAAGAAAUCUCAUUCACAUCCACGCACAGUUUGCCCCCAAAUGAGGAUGUACCUCGCGAUAUUGGAACUGCCGAAAUCGGUGGGCAGGAUGUGGCUUUGGAGUUGCUCAAGAACGGAUGGGCUAAAGUAAAAGACCUGAAAAGGGAUCCUACGGAGGAGGAUAACAAGAAAAGGGACGCUGAAACUGAAGCCAAUAAUUCUGGAAAAGGCCUUUGGAAUCCUCAUGGUCCAAAAGCUCACGAUAUUCAUUAUAUGAUGCCCACUGAAUCCCAAGCCUUCGUAUCGGAAUGGAAAGGGAAAUCGAUAGAUGCUCUCGUUGAACAAGUACGGGACGGAUCGACUCUGCGUGUCCGACUGUUCAUGCCUGACGGUGAACAUCAAUUUAUCAAUAUUGCCCUCGCAGGUGUACGGUGUGCAAGGAUAUCAGCAAAAGAGGGGGAAACUUCAGAGCCAUGGGCAGAAGAAGCCAAGUUCUUUACAGAAUCACGCCUAUUGCAACGUCCAGUCCGCGUACAGAUUCUUUCCCUCCCAACCUCUACUGCUACACCCUUCCAAACUGCUACCAGUAAUACUGCACCUUCGCCAGCUUCUAUAUUGAUUGGAACAGUAUUACACCCCGCAGGCAACGUUGCCGAACAUUUGGUUGCUGCUGGCUUGGCUCGCGUAGUUGACUGGCACGCAGGUAUGCUCGCAAGUGGUGGAGGUAUGGAGCGUCUCCGCGCAGCUGAAAAGGUUGCCAAGGAGAAGCGUGUCUGUUUAUACGCCAAUAUUCCUGCUCCAUCUGCGUCUGCAGCUGGACAUGCAAACGGUAGCACAACACAUGGCGGAACUCGAGUCUUUGAUGGCACAGUCAUUCGAGUUUGGAGUGGUGACCAGGUUUCUGUUCUCGACAGGGAUACUAACAAAGAACGGAGAUUACAACUAAGUUCCACGAGAGGACCCAAACUUGCUGACCCUAAACAGGCAUUUUAUGCUCAUGAAGCGAGGGAGUUCUUGCGCAAGCGACUUGUUGGUAAACAUGUGAAGGUCACUAUAGACUUUGUGCGACCUCGUGAGGGCGAAUAUGAGGAACGUGAAUGUGCUACCAUUCGUUAUGGAGGGCAGCAAUCGAAUAUCGCUGAACAGCUGAUCGAAAAAGGCCUUGCCAGCGUCGUACGGCAUAAACGUGACGACGAGGACCGGUCAUCUGAUUUCGAUAAGCUCAUGGCUGCAGAACAAGCCGCAGUAGCAGACACCCGGGGUAUACAUUCUGGCAAAGAACAACCUGCUCACAAACAACCUCUCAACGUCUCCGAUACGAGCACUCGUGCUUCUCAGUUCCUCAGCGGAUUUAAGAGGCAAGGGAAGAUCCCUGCGGUAGUUGACUAUGUUGCAGCAGGGUCACGGUUUAAACUUCUAUUACCUAAGGAUAAUCAGGUUCUGACUUUAGUACUGGGUGGUGUUCGAGCCCCUCGUACGGCAAGGAACCCGUCAGAGAAGAGCGACCCUUAUGGCGCAGAAGCCACCGAGUUUGCUAACCGAAGAUAUAUGCAGCGUGAUGUCGAAUUUGAAGUUGACACUGUCGACAAAUCUGGUGGUUUUAUCGGCGCGUUGUAUGUAAAAGGAGAAAAUGUAGCUGUGGCUCUAGCAAGAGAAGGUCUUGCAACUGUCCACUCGUUUUCUGCCGAUAGCCUACCAUGGGCACGACAACUAUACGAUGCAGAGACUGAAGCGAAACAGGCUCAACGCAACAUAUGGCAAGACUUUGACGAAGAAGCUGAAAAAGCGGCCGAAGCUGAACCAUCUGCCACUGAUGCUGCUCCCCUCAAGCAGGAAUAUCUAGAUGUUAUCGUCAGUGAUGUUCGAACGAAAAAUGGUUUCAGCUUCUCUGUUCAAAUUUUGAAUACUGAAGGUAUUGCAUCACUCGAACAGCUGAUGCGCGACUUUUCCUUGCACCAUCGUUCAGCGGCUGCACCUGCAGGUUUCGUUCCAAAGGGUGGCGACCUAGUGUCCGCAAAGUUUUCUGACGGAUCAUGGUAUCGUGCCCGAGUUCGCCGUGCUUCACCUAUCAAAAAAGAGGCUGAGGUGACCUUCAUCGACUAUGGUAACCAAGAUAUAGUCGGUUUCAAAGAUGUAAGGCCACUUGACCCCAAGUUCCGCUCCCUGCCUGGCCAGGCCCAUGAGGCGCGCCUAAGCUUUAUCAAACUCGUUGGGCCCGAGAGUGAUUACCACACAGAAGCUAUCGACCGCUUCCGUUUGCUGUGCGAAGGACGUAAACUAGUGGCAAACAUUGAUCAGGAGGAGGGAUCUCUGCUUCACUUACGUCUCAUGGACCCUUCGGACUCAGCAAUAGCUCACGAUCCAUUGGGUAUCAACGCAGACUUGUUGCGCGAAGGACUGGCGGCACUAGACCGCAAGAGCUGCAAAUACUUCUCCGUCUAUCCUCAAAUUGUAAAGGGAUUGCAAAAUGCAGUCUUAAGUGCUAAACGGGACCGUCUAGGGAUGUUCGAAUUUGGAGACGUCGAGGAAGAUGAGGAAUAAAUAUCUAUUUUUAUUUCUUGUUGUGUUCCUUUCUACCCAUGAAAAUAUCAUCAUCUUAGCAUUCGAGCCUGACGUCAAGCCAAAGCAUAGCGAUAAAGAACACCCCGUUUCUCCUCAUCGCCUCCUAGAUUCCUUUUUUGACAUAAAUACGCAACUCACUUGCCUCACUUUAGUCCUAAGCCAUGGCAAACACCCUGCUUCAAUGUUUAUGCAUCCAUCAAGUUUAAUGGAAUCAAUUUGAGA